AUGAAGUUGAAGCGGAGAAGGGCACUUGAAGUGCCUUCAAAGAUCAAAUCCUUCAUCAACCAUGUUACUGCUGCACCACUACAGAAUAUUGAAGAAACACUGAAAAAUUUUUCUUGGCAGUUUGAUAAGGGAGAUUUCCAUCAUUGGGUCGACUUGUUUAAUCAUUUCGACACCUUUUUUGAGAAAUACAUCAAACCAAGGAAGGAUUUGCAGCUUGAGGACAACUUUUUGGAAUCUGACCCACCCUUCCCGAGGGAUGCUGUUUUGCAGGUUCUCCGUGUCAUUCGAGUAAUAUUGGAGAAUUGCACAAAUAAGCAUUUCUACGUCUCAUAUGAGCAUCACUUGUCAUCUCUGCUUGCGUCCACUGAUGCGGAUGUUGUGGAGGCUUGCCUGCAGACGUUGGCAGCUUUUUUAAAAAAAUCCAUUGGAAAGUACGUUAUUAGAGACGCUUCUCUGAAUUCAAGAUUAUUUUCUUUUGCCCAAGGCUGGGGAGGUAAAGAAGAAGGUCUUGGAUUGGUUUCCUGUGCUAUACAGAAUGGAUCUCAUCCGAUUCCUCUGGAGUUGGGUAGCACUCUGCAUUUUGAAUUUUAUACUGUGAAUGGAUCUUCGAAUGAGCCCACAGCUGCAGAACAGCCAACUCAGGGUUUACAAACAAUACAAAUGACUGACGUGAAUGCAAGAAAAGAGUCUGAUCUUGAACUUCUGAAUGAAUUGGUCACCCAAUAUAAAGUUCCCCAUAGUUUGAGAUUUUCUCUUUUGACAAGAUUGCGAUUUGCUAGGGCGUUUGGAUCCCUAGAGACAAGGCAGCAGUAUACUUGUAUACGGUUGUAUGCUUUUGUAGUUCUUGUUCAAGCAUGCAGUGACACUGAGGACCUGGUUUCCUUCUUCAAUGCUGAGCCAGAGUUCAUUAAUGAGUUGGUUACUAUGUUAAGCAUUGAAGAUGCAGUUCCUGAAAAAAUUCGAAUUCUAAGUCUUCUUUCUUUGGUUGCUCUUUGUCAAGAUAGGUCUCGUCAGCCUACUGUAUUGACUGCUGUGACAUCUGGGGGGCACCGUGGCAUUCUAUCUAGCCUCAUGCAGAAAGCAAUCGGCUCGGUUGUUAAUAAUUCAUCGAAGUGGUCUGUUGUUUUCGCGGAGGCUCUGUUAUCUCUUGUUACUGUCUUGGUGUCUUCAUCAUCAGGAUGCUCAGCCAUGCGUGAAGCGGGAUUUAUCCCCACUCUUCUACCUCUGUUGAAAGAUACUGAUUCCCAGCACUUGCAUUUGGUUAGUACUGCUGUACAUGUUCUGGAAGCUUUUAUGGAUUACAGCAAUCCAGCUGCUGCUCUUUUUCGUGAUUUGGGUGGUUUGGAUGAUACGAUAUCACGUUUAAUGGUAGAAGUAUCUCACGUUGAAAAUGGUUCCAAAAAGCAAGCUGCAUCUGGUGAAAGUUUGGAGUAUGGUGGUUCUCAAGUAGUUUCAGAUAGUUCUUCGACAGGGCAUGAUAGUCUGCAGCCACUGUAUUCGGAAGCUUUGGUUUCAUAUCAUCGUCGAUUAUUGAUGAAAGCCCUGCUACGUGCUAUAUCAUUAGGAACUUAUGCACCUGGGACGACUCGUAUGUAUGGUACAGAAGAAAGCUUAUUGCCACAAUGCUUGUGUAUAAUAUUCAAAAGGGCAAAAGAUUUUGGUGGGGGAGUAUUUUCACUUGCAGCUACUGUAAUGAGUGAUUUAAUCCACAAAGAUCCUACCUGCUUCUCUGUCCUGGAAUCAGCAGGUCUUCCUUCUGCCUUCAUGGACGCUAUCAUGGAUGGUGUUCUUUGCUCCGCGGAGGCCAUUACCUGCAUACCUCAAUGUCUUGAUGCCUUGUGUUUGAACAACAGUGGUCUUCAGGCUGCGAAAGAGCGCAAUGCGUUGAGGUGCUUCGUAAAAGUUUUUACGUCUAAAACGUACCUGCGAGUCCUUUCUGCUGAUACAUCAGGUUCCCUGUCAAGCGCUCUGGAUGAACUAAUGCGCCAUGCUGCAUCGUUGCGUGGGCCUGGAGUUGAUAUGCUGAUCGAGAUACUUACCGAUAUUGGAAAAAUUGGAUCUGGGCUUGAAUUGGCUUCUCCAUCCUCAGAUCCUCCAAGCUCCUCUCAGCCAGCUCCUAUGCAAACUGAAUCUGAGAAUAGAGGUGUGGUCUCGAUGGAUGAUACAGAAUCAUCAAGGCAUGGAACUAAUGAACAAUCGACCGAUGUAGUCCCCGAUGCGUCAUCAUUGAAUGUCGAAUCUUUUUUGCCUGACUAUAUAAGCAAUGUUGCUCGUCUUCUUGAAUCGGUUCUUCAAAAUUCUGAUACUUGCCGGAUUUUUGUUGAGAAAAGAGGGAUCGAAUGUGUUCUGCAGUUAUUCUUGUUGCCUUCUCUGCCCCUCUCUGUUUCUCUUGGUCAAAGUAUAGCUGUUGCAUUCAAAAAUUUCUCGCCGCAGCAUUCUGCUUCUCUUGCUCGUGCAGUAUGUUCAUUUCUGAGAGAACAUUUAAAGUCGGCGGAGGAACUUUUGACUUCAAUUAAUGGACGCCAGCUUACUGAGGUGGACUUCUCCAAGAGAGUAAAGAUCUUGAGGUGCCUCUCCACGUUGGAAGGGAUUCUGUCUCUUUCAAUUUCGUUACUGAAAGGGACCACUACCUUGGUCUCUGAACUGGGGUCUGCUGAUGCAGAUGUCUUAAAGGAUAUUGGGAAGACUUACAGAGAAAUUCAGUGGCAAGUAUCUUUGUGUUGUGAGUUGAAGGUUGAGGAGAAGCGGACUGCUGAAGUGGAGCCUGAAAAUGCAGAUGCAGGUCUAUCUAAUGUGGCUGGAAGGGAGAGUGAUGAUGACUCUAAUAAUAUUCCAUCCAUUAGAUAUAUGAAUCCUAUCUCAAUACGAAGUAGUUCCCACUCUCAGUGGGGAGUUGAGCGUGACUUCAUAUCUGUGGUUCGUGCAAGUGAAGGUUUCAGUCGCCGCAGCCGGCAUAGUUUGGCUCGUCUUCAUGGUAGCAGGUCAGCUGGAAGGCAGUUGGAAGCUUUACAAAUUGAUACUGAAGCUGGAACAACUAAUGCAGAGGCUUCUUCCCAUGGGAUGAAGAAGAAGAGUCCGGAAAUGGUGGCAGUAGAUAUUUUGAAUAAGCUUGCUUCAACCAUGCGCUCUUUCUUCACAGCACUGGUGAAAGGUUUUACAUCGCCAACUCGUCGAAGGACUGAAACUGGGCCUUUGAGUUCUGCUUCGAAGACCAUUGGAGCCACCCUUGCAAAAGUUUUUGCGGAGUCUCUGGGUUUCUCUGGGUACACCAGUUCCGCUGGAGUCGAUGUAUCGCUGUCAGUCAAGUGUCGCUAUCUUGGGAAGGUCGUGGAUGACAUGGCUGCCCUUACGUUUGAUAGCAGAAAGCGCACUUGUUACGCUUCUAUGAUCAAUAAAUUUUAUGUGCACGGGACCUUCAAGGAGCUUCUUACGACGUUUGAGGCAACAAGUCAGUUGUUGUGGACUGUUCCCUGUGCUACUUCUGCACCAGGUUCUGAUCUUGAAAAAAGUGGUGAAGGGAGCAAGCUGCCUCACAGUUCCUGUCUGAUCGAUACAUUACAAAGUCAUUGUCGUGAGCUCGAGUACUUUGUGAAUUCUGGAAUAUUAUUGUCUUCGCCCUCGGCAUCCCAGGCGCAGGUACUUCUUCAGCCUGUUGAAAUGGGUUUGUCCAUCGGGCUGUUUCCCAUUCCCAGGGACCCUGAAGCAUUUGUAUGCAUGCUGCAGUCUCAAGUUCUAGAUGUGAUACUUCCUGUCUGGAACCAUCCAGUGUUCCCCAACUGUAGCCCUGGUUUUAUAACUAACAUUAUUUCUCUAAUGACCCAUGUAUACAAUGGUGUUAGCGAUUUAAAACAAAGUCGCAGUGGAUCAUCUGGACUAGCAAACCAACGCUUCAUGCCGCCGCCUGAUGAAGCAACUAUUGCUACCAUUGUUGAGAUGGGCUUUUCAAGAGCAAGAGCUGAGGAGGCGCUGAGGCGAGCCGAAACAAACAGUGUUGAGAUGGCAAUGGAGUGGUUGUUCAGUCAUGCUGAAGAUCCUGUCCAAGAGGAUGAUGAGCUCGCUCGUGCACUGGCUUUAUCACUGGGAAGUUCAACAGAAGCACCUAAAGUCGAUGAUGUUGACAAGUCUGCCGAUGCCUUGAACGGAGAGGGAAACUCGAAGCCCCCUCCGGCUGAUAAUGUUCUUGCUGUUGCAAUGAAAUUAUUUGAGGGUAGUGAUGCCAUGGCGUACUCGCUUACAGAUCUGCUUGGGACUCUUUGCAGCACGAACAAAGGGGAGGAACGCUCCAAAGUGAUUUCGUAUAUCGUUCAGCAGCUAAAACUUUGUCCACUCGACUUCUCCAACGACAGCUGUACAUUGGGUUGGAUCUCACAUACCCUAGCGCUGCUUCUUGCAGAAGAUGGAAUCACUCGAGAAAUUGCUGCGCAAAGUGGAGCUGCUGUGGUGGUCAUCGAUAUCUUGAUGAAUUUUAUGUCUAGGACCGAGGCUUCUGCAGAGAUUCUUGUGCCCAAAUGCAUCAGUGCAUUACUUCUUAUAUUGGAUGAUUUGGUGCAAUCUAGGCCCCGGAUAUCUGGUGGUAAUGGUGAAGGGGUCGUACCUGGAUCGUUGUCUGGUUCAUUGAGGAAUCAAGCAUCACCUGAAGCAAUCGAGGACAAAUCAAUUCCAUCUGAUCUGGACAAGGAUAAUGGCUCUACCAAGGAUGGGUCUGCCUUUGAAAAAGUUUUUGGCAAACGAACGGGCUAUUUGACAAUGGAGGAGAGCCAUAAGGUACUUGCAAUUGCUUGCGAUUUGAUAAAAAGACACGUACCUUCAAUCGUUAUGCAGGCUGUUCUUCAGUUAUGUGCUCGCUUGACAAAAGUACAUUGUUUGGCUUUGCAAUUCCUUGAAAGUGGAGGCUUGGUUGCUCUGUUUGGUCUUCCAAGGAGUUGCUUCUUUCCUGGGUAUGACACUUUAGCAUCUGCUAUUGUUCGGCAUCUUCUUGAAGAUCCUCAGACGUUGCAAACAGCUAUGGAAGUUGAGAUACGGCAAACACUGAGCGGAAGCAGGCACGCUGGGCGUGUAUUGGCGAGAACAUUUUUAACAUCAAUGGCACCCGUUAUAUCCAGAGAUCCAGAGGUCUUCAUGAAAGCUGUAGCUGCUGUGUGUCAGGUGGAGUCCUCAGGAGGGAGGACCAUUGUGCUGCUAUCUAAAGAUAAAGACAAAGAAAAAUUAAAAGGUGCUGAGGCAGGAGUAUCCACUAACGAAUGUGUACGAAUAACUGAACAGAAGGCUCAUGACGGUUCUACUAAGUACGCCAAGGGUCACAAAAAAGUUUCAGCAAAUCUCACCCAAGUGAUUGAUUAUCUUCUUGAAAUCGUAUCAACUUUCCCUUCUUACAAUGGGGAUGAUGAUUGUGGAGGCCAUUCAAGUGCAAUGGAGGUAGAUGAACCAACUAUCAACAUGAAGGGUAAAUCGAAGGUUGAUGAAACUGUGAAAACUGGAUCUGACAGUCUGUCUGAGAAAUCUGCAGCCCUAGCUAAGGUGACAUUUGUUCUCAAGUUAUUGAGUGAUAUUCUCCUUAUGUACGUUCAAGUUGUCGGCGUAAUCUUGAGACGGGACCUGGAAAUGUGUCAGCAGCGUGGGUCCAGUCAUUUUGAAUGUCCUGGACAAGGGGGCAUAGUUCACCACGUGUUACAUCACCUACUUUCCCUGUCAAUGGAUAAAUCUGCUGGCCCAGAUGAGUGGAGAGACAAACUUGCUGAAAAAGCUUCAUGGUUUCUGGUUGUAUUGGCUGGCCGUUCCAGUGAAGGAAGGAGAAGGGUGGUGAAUGAACUUGUGAAAGCCUUGUCGCUAUUUAUAAAUUUUGAGAUUAACUCUUCCAUUAGCAGUUUAUUGCCUGAUAAGAAAGUUCUUGCCUAUGUCGAUUUGGUAUAUUCCGUUUUAUCAAAGAAUUCUUCGUCCGGCAACCUACUGGGAUCUGGGUGUUCACCUGAAAUUGCCAAGAGCAUGAUUGAUGGAGGAGUUGUCCAUUGCCUAUCUAGCAUUCUUCAGGUAAUUGAUUUGGACCAUCCUGAUGCACCAAAAGUUGUGAAUCUGAUACUCAAGUCUUUGGAAAGCCUGACUAGGGCGGCAAAUGCCAGUGAACAACUUCUGAAAGCAGAUACAUUGAAUAAGAAAAACGUAAACGAUCCAAGUGGAAUGUCUGAUACACAGCCUUUUGGUACUGAGACUUCUCAAGAACUACAAUCUAGUGAAAACAGAAGCUCACAACAUGGACUCAUGAGUAAUGGUGGUUCAGAAGCACAGCCUACUGAUAUCUCUUGGGGAAGUGGUGGCCAGAAUGCAAAUCCAAUCCAACCCCAUGAGCAAGAGAUGAGGAUCGAGGAGGAUCCAACUAACAAUGUGCCUGUGGAUCUUGGGAUGGAUUAUAUGCGUGAAGAUAUGGAAGAAAGUGGUGCCUUGCCCAACACUGAACAAAUUGAGAUGACUUUUCAUGUGGAGAACACAGUACAUGAUGAUAUGAACGAGGACGAGGAUGGCAUGGGUGAUGAUGGUGAGGAUGAUGGUGAGGAUGAGGAUGAAGACAUAGGAGAGGGCACUGGUUUAAUGUCGUUGGCUGAUACAGACAUCGAGGACCAUGAUGAUGCUGGCUUGGGCGAUGAAUACAAUGAUGAUAUGGUCGACGAAGAGGACGACGACUUCCAUGAAAACAAUGUAAUUGAGGUGAGGUGGAGAGAAGCCCUUGAUGGUUUAGACCAUUUGCAGGUCCUUGGACAACCUGGAACAGCGGGAGGUUUAAUAGAUGUGUCUGCUGAAGCUUUUGAAGAAGUAAAUGUUGAUGAGUUCUUUGGAAUCCGUAGGACAUUUGGCUUUGAGCGGCGUCGUCAGACUAACAGAACUACCUACGAGCGGUCUGUUUCAGAUGGAAAUGGUUUUCAACAUCCUCUCCUUUCAAGGCCAUUGAAUUCUGGUGAUACAGGUUCAAUAUGGUCAUCUGCUGGGAACUCUCGGGAUUCAGAAAGCCUUUCUUCCGGUAACCUUGAUCUCACGCAGUUUUACAUGUUUGAUGCUCCUGUUCUUCCCUAUGAUAGUGCCCCAGCUAAUCUGUUUGUUGAUCGUCUGGGUGGUUCCGCGACACGGCAACUAGCUGAUUUUUCUGUUGGUUUAGAGUCAUUGCGUGGGUCGGGUCGAAGAGGGGCAGGUGAUGGCCGGUGGUCUGAUGAUGGGCAGCCCCAAGGUGAUGGUCAGGCAGCUGUGAUUGCUCAGGCUGUUGAAGGUCAAUUUAUUUCUCAGUUGAGCAAUAAUAACCCUCCUGAAAGGCUUACGCAGAACGUAGCAUUGCCGGAAACGCAGGAAGGUCCCAUGUCUGCCACUGAUAUUCAGCAGGCAGUGGCUGUUGAUAGCACUGAUGCUCAGCUAAUUGAUGAUUGCCAUAUUAACAGCAUUGACCAAGGUGUUCAACCGGAUGAACUCCAACUGUCUCAGGAAGUCAAUCGAGAGGUGGUGUCUGAAAGAGAAGGCCAAGAAGCAGUGGAAGGUAUUCGUAGUGAUAUUGCUGAUGAUAGCAUGGAAACAGGGUGUGUGAAUAAUAUUGGGGGACAGAAUCUGGAGGCAUAUUUAGGUUCUGUAGCUCCGGAUGGUGUGCUGUCUGACCGAGGAACAGAAUUUCUUCCUACUUCUCAUGGUUUAUCGGUCUCGGGAACAGAUAUGGCAGGAUCUGCUGGUGAUUUUCAUGCUCCAGAUCCAGCUCGUGGUGAUGUUGACAUGAACGCCACUGAAGUGGAAGGGGACCCAGCUGGGACACAAGUACCUCUAUCUGAGAUUAACCUCGAGGAGCCGUUACACCAGCAGAACAAUUUGGUUGUCCAAGAUGCAGAGCAGAUGGAGGAAAGUAGUUUGAAUAAUGAGGUUUCUAAUAAUGCCAAUGGCAUCGAUCCAACAUUCUUGGAGGCACUCCCUGAAGAUCUUCGUGCGGAGGUUCUUUCUUCACAGCAAGCUCGGUCGGCACCACCUUCCACCUAUGCACCUCCUAGAGUUGAAGACAUUGAUCCUGAGUUUUUGGCUGCCCUUCCUCCUGAUAUUCAAGCUGAAGUUCUUGCUCAACAACGAGCUCAGAGAAUUACGCAGCAAUCUGAAGGACAACCAGUUGACAUGGACAAUGCUUCUAUAAUUGCUACUUUCCCUGCUGAUCUGCGUGAAGAGGUGCUUUUAACUUCUUCGGAGGCACUAUUGUCAGCGCUGCCAUCUCCCUUACUUGCUGAAGCACAAAUGCUCCGGGACAGAGCAAUGAGCCACUAUCAUGCUCGCAGCUUGUUUGGAGGUAGCCAGAGACUGAACAGAGGAAAUAGAUUGGGGUUUGACAGGCAAACGGCUAUGGAUAGGGGUGUUGGAGGGUCUAUUGGGCGGAGGACAGCUUCUGUAGCUGAGAACGUGAACAUGAACGAAAUUGAAGGCAAACCACUUCUCGAUUCCAAAGGCUUGAAAGCGUUAAUUCGUCUAUUACGACUGGCGCAGCCUCUGGGGAAGGGUCUCCUGCAGAGACUUCUGUUGAACUUGUGCUCACACAGUGAUACAAGAGCAAUUCUUGUUUGGCUUUUGCUUAAUAUGAUCAAACCUGAGACUUCGGGCUUUGUUGGUGGAUUGACUUCGAUGAAUACUCAGAGACUUUUUGGAUGCCAAUCUGAUGUUGUUUAUGGCCGAUCUCAAUUGUGUGAUG